AAUGAAGUAAUUGGUGAAAAGCUCACAGCUCUUAUUGUAGACAAACUUCAAGAACUUGGUCUUGAUAUUAAUAAUUUAAGAGGUCAAGGCUAUGAUGGCGGUUCAAAUAUGGCUGGCCAAUUUCAAGGUGUGCAAGCUAGGAUUAAACAGUUGAAUCCCCUAGCUGUUUAAAUCCAUUGUGCAUCACAUCAGCUAAAUCUGGCCUUGACUCACGCAUGUGCCGAACCUAGCAUUAGAAAUGCCAGUGGAGUCAUAAGUGAAGUUAUUAUUAAAAGAUUCUGCACAAAGAGUUCACAAAAUGGACACAAUCUUAAGGAAACAGCAUCCAGGUGGAAAGCGGCACCAACUGAUAAGUUUGUGUGAAACUCGUUUCAUUGAGCGACAUGAUGCUGUCACUUUCUUUUUAAAAGUAAUUGAUUCAGUCAUGUCAUAUCUGGAGGCCAUUGAUACAGAAAAACCAACAGCCAAAUCUGCCGGCCUUCUUUUCUCUGUGCGUAGGUUUGAUUUCGUUAUUACUCUGCACAUUUUAGGAACGGUAUUCGAUUUAACAACUUCAUUGUCAGUACAUCUUCAUAGUCCUCAUGUCGAACUUCAAGAAUGCUACGUUAUGGCAAAUUCUUUAGUCAAGUUACUCCAAAAAUAUCGGUCUGACAAUGAAUUUUACGACAGAAUUUUUGAUGCAGCCAAAAAGUGGCAACACAGCAUGAUAUUACGACAGAAGCUCCCCGAAAUGUGAGAACUCAAAUUUAUCGACCUAAUGCUCAAUCCUCUUGUCCCCGUGACUAUUACAGAAUAAAUGUGUUCAUCCCAUUUCUUGAUACACUCAUUAAUCAAAUGAAUACAAGAUUUUCAUCAACUAACAUUGAUCUCACGAAACUUUUUAGCCUCAUUCCAGCAUUUGUAAAACCAGCUAAAUAUGACGAGGAGAUUGUAAAUGUUGCAGAAAGGUACUGUGAAGAAUCUAGUGCAUUUCAAUUAUACAAUGAAAUAGCGAUGUGCCGUGAACACUGGACCCAGCAGAAAGAGAAACCUCCGUCUAAAGCAAUCGAUGCUCUCUGCGACCCUUCAGCCCGAUUUUACCCAAAUAUUAGGAAAUUGUUACACUUACUCUGCAUCUUGCCAGUUACUUCUUGUACAAGAGAAAGAAGUUUUUCAUCUUUGAAAUUGAUUAAAACCUACCUACGAUCAACUAUGCGAGAAAACAGGCUCAGCGGUCUAGCCCUGAUGAAUAUUCACAAGAAUGUUAUUGACAUCGAUCCUUCCGAGGUAAUAGACAUGUUUGCUCAAAAGCACCCAAGACGUCUGCAGUUCCUCUACAUUGACGAAGACUAA